UAGACUCGUCGUCAUGUGAUGAAAACAGGAAGAGCAGCUGGACUCGUGAUGAUCGAUCAUCAUUGAUCUCUAUGAGAAGGCGUAAUUUCUGCUGUUUAAUUGCUGUUGCCAUGGCAGUGCUCCUCUUCAUCAUGUUCAUGUGUGGCGCCAUCAGCUCUCACACGAGCGUCGCGUCGCGAUCUCACGCGGACUUCAGGGUUUCCGGGCGCGCGCUCUACAAGCUGGACGUUUCGUGGCCGAAAAAUCCGGAGCUGUUCAGCGGUCAGGUGUUCGCCGCGGCUGUCAAUCAUCUGCAGGGGCUCGUGUACGUGGCGCAGAGAGGCGAGAACAUCCCGAAAGUCUUGGUGUUCAGCACGGAUGGGGAUUUCCUGCAGGCCUGGAACACCAGCACUCUGGAGAUGCCUCAUGGGAUGUUCCUGGCCAACGCGUCGGGGGAUCCGUCAGUGUGGAUCACGGAUGUUGGGACCGGGCCGUACGGACACACGGUCAAGCAGUAUUCUCCGUCCGGGAAGCUGCUGCAGGUGCUGGGAUCGCCCGGGAAGGCCGGAUCUUCUCUCAGUCCGCUGCAGUUCGACCAGCCGGCGGAAAUAUUCAUCCACAGUUCUGGAGAAAUCUACAUCGUGGACGGAGACGGCGGCAUGAACAACCGUCUGAUUAAACUCUCCAGAGAUCUGCAGGUGCUGUGGAUGCACGGAGAGAAAGGUCAAGGUCUGGCUCAGUUCUACAUCCCUCACAGUGUGGCGGUCGACAGCUAUCAGAGGGUGUGGGUCGCAGACCGAGGAAACAAGCGCAUCCAGGUGUUUAACUCGGUGACGGGCGACUGGCUGGGGUCGUGGGGCAGCUGCUUUAAAGACGACGCGCCGUACUCCGUCAGAUUCACUCCGGACCAGAAGUACAUGGUGGUGGCCCAGUUAAACACCAAUCAGAUCACGCUGCUGGAGGCUCCGCCCGUCGGCAUCAUCGGGCAGUGUCAGGUGAUCAGCACCAUUCAGCUGGCUGAAGACAUCAAACCGCACCUGGUGGACCUGGACCUGAAGACCGCGGAUCUGUACGUGGCGGAGAUCGGGGCGAGUCAGGCCCAGAAGUUCAUUCGUCUUUAGAGGUUCCGUCGUCUUCCACACUGAUCACCGACGCUGAUUCUAACGGCUGAAGUGAGAAACCUGUUUGAUUGAUCGCUUCAGUGAAACUGCGAGCAACUUACCAGACAAAUCUCUCGUGUACAGUCACACUAGAAACUAUGGAAGCUUGUUUCCAACACGGAAUAACAAAAUAAAAAAGAUAACUGCGACUUUUUAUCGCACAAUUCUGACUUUAUUUCUCGCAAUUUUGAGUUUAUAUCGCAUAAUUCUGACUUUUAU